GUGUGAUUGCUGGCAGUGCUUGAGUCCUACAUUCCAUACUGUGUUGAAGAUCUUUGUGCAUCAUUUCUGAAGGCACCCUAAGAUGCUUAUGUUAAACUACUCCACGAUUAAACGACGCUGUUCUGCGCCUGAGUUGUGUUGUGAUAAAGUGUAAAACUGACAUAAAAGUGAAUAAUGAGCGCGUACUUACAGGUCGCAGAGGAUGAAGGAGAAGAACCCAUAGAACUCCCUACCGAAGAUGAUAGUACAUUAUUACUUUCAACGCUAGCAGCUCAGUUCCCUGGUACCUGCGGUCUCAAGUAUCGGAAUCCAGAAUCCAGGACAAUGAGAGGCGUUCGACUCGUAGAAGGAAGGUUACACCCUCCAGAGAAUGGCUGGGGAACAGGAGUGUAUUACUGCGUGUUUCCUAAAGAAAACAAGAGAAAAUCUGAUGAUCAUUUGGAAAAUUCUACAGCAAAAACAAAAAGAAUGGAGACAAAAUUAAAGUGUUCGGAUCUCAUAGUGCUCGGAUUGCCUUGGAAGACGACCGAACAGCAGUUGCGAGAAUAUUUUGAAUCCUUUGGCGAAGUACUUAUGGCACAGGUGAAGAAAGAUCCCAAAUCUGGCCAGUCAAAAGGUUUUGGAUUUAUCCGUUUUGGAAACUACGAUUCACAGAUGCGUGUUUUAGCACAGAGGCAUAUGAUUGAUGGGAGGUGGUGUGAUGUGAAGAUCCCAAAUUCAAAGGAGGGACAGGUUCAGCAAGUUCCGUGUAAAGUGUUUGUUGGACGGUGCACUGAAGAUAUGCAGUCAGAUGACUUGCGUGAGUAUUUCUCCAAAUUUGGGGAAGUAACUGACGUCUUCAUCCCAAAACCAUUUCGUGCAUUUGCUUUCGUCACCUUCUUGGAUCCAGAAGUGGCUCAGAACUUGUGUGGUGAAGACCACAUAAUCAAAGGAGUCUCGGUACACGUGAGCAAUGCGGCACCGAAAACGGAUCCAAACGGUCGCUCUUAUGGGGGCAGAGGCCUCGGAUCUCGGGAGCCGAAGAACUUGGCAGGCCCUUUCGGGGGAGCGGCAGGAGCUGCGCACCACUAUCACCAUCCUGGCGGUCCGGGAGGAGGUGGUGCAGGUGGUGGCGGAUGGAACCGGGCUGGCCCAGGACCAGGAGGCAGGGCUCUAGACAUGCCCAAUCUCCAAGCGUUGGGUAUUACAGGACAGGCCGGUGGCCCAGCUGCAGGUGGGGCUGGUCAAAAUGUUGCCAAUCCACUAGGCAUGGGUGCACUGAACCUUGGAGCCGUAACUGUCAAUCCUGCACUGGUGGCUGCAGCUCUCAAUCAGGCGGGCUGGGGUCUCAUAGGCAAUUUACAAGGUGGCCAGGCUCCAGGACCUGGGCCAGGGGGUGCUGCAGAGGGAGGCCCGGGUCCGGCAGCAUUCGGUCAGCCUGGAGCUCCGGGAUUUGCUGGAGCACCAGGUGGACCAGGGCCGGGCCCAGCACCUCAGCAAGGAGCUGCACCCCCUGCUGCAGGAGCGCAAGCUGGAGGUAGUUUUCUCAGUUGGAUGAGCCAAGGUACUCCCACUGGGGGAACCGACGCCAGUCAAACUGGCAGUGCUCCUGGUACGAGUACCCCCCAGCAGCCUGGUCCAGCCCCUGGGUCGUGGCCUCAAAGAGGCAACAAGGAAGGCUACCUGAAAUAUGAAUAGGCAGGUAAAAGCAAAGUGGAGAAAAAUGUGCUGUCAGGUCCUUAACACUUUCCAACACAAGGACAAUGCUUUCUUUAUUUACAAAAUGCUUUCUUAACUGAUGUGAAUCAUUUUAUAUUCUUAAGGUAAGUCAUGUCAAUCUGAAAAGUGCUUGCCCACUUUGGUCAUUGGUGCUUCUGUAAUUGCCGCGAAAUUUUAGACUUGUGCUUCCUAGGUUUUUCAUCUGAAGUCGUGCCAGUUAUUUCUGGUUACUAAGAUAGAUACUGAACAUAGGAAAACCUAUAUUUGUGAAAUACAACAUUUAAAUGUGCAUCUCAGAGCUCUGAAAGAAAAGUCCUUUAUCCAGCGCAAUUGAAGUAAGAUGAUUGUGUUUGUAUUCAGUGUCCAGAAUCCCAAAAAUAUUCUCCCUCUCCCUUAAAUUUUUGUACUGUCAUCAUCAUCAGUAAAGAUAGGGAGCUCAUAGCACAGUGUGACAUUGUUAAUACUUUGUAGUAUGAAGUGAACACGGGUUUAUGAAAUAGUGUGUUGGCAGAAUUAUAAAAUUUUUAACUUUCUGUGCUCAGAAAAGUUUUGUUCUUUCUGUUUGUAGAACCUUACCAUUUUGUAAUGGAUAUCAGGUUAGUCCUUGUUUUAAUUGUUAAAAUUUUGAUAACUUUUGUUCAUGCAUUACUUCAUCUCAGUACUGGCAUCAGAUAAUCGUGAAUUGAGCUGAAUAGUUUAUAUAUGUACAUGCUUCACAGAGGGUUUCUUGUUUUGUUAAGUUCAGUGUUGUGUCAGAUUUUUGUUUCUCCUUUGGUAAACUUAUUUCUAAAACGUGCACAAUAAUUCUGCAUCUGACUUUUUAUGUACAUCUGACGAUAAAAUGAGUUCCCAUGAGAUGUAUUGUGAGUAACAGAAAUCUCAACAAGCUAAUUAUUUCUCAUUUCACUUAGUUACUUUGUUUCCAGAAUUCUGGUCACUAAAAUACAUAGUAUGGUCUUUUAGAAUUACUUGUAGCCAAUGUAGUCAUUUGUGAUAUUUCAUCAGAAAUGAAGGCAGAGGGAUUAAAAAUGACAUCAUGUAAGAAGUGUGUUGAUAUCAAGUUGUAGUAAUUAUUUUGCAGACUGUUUUAUGUAAAUUACUAAUAUUUUGUAAACUGUAGUUGACUUUCACUCUGAACCUCCAUUGAUAGUGUAUAUAUUUCAACGUAUUCCUAAUAUUGUCAACAAGAAAUGGAUCAUUUUGCUCGAGAAAUUGAGGAAAUUAAGUUUUCUUUUCAUAUAUUUUUUAUAAUUAAAUGACAGCAUUAUAAAAAUAUCGCGAUAGAUAUUUUAUAUGAUUACUAAUUACAGUUUACUUCUUGUUAAAGACUUCAGUUCAUUAGCCUUACGGUUUCUUCUUUCUCUUUAUUACAGUCUCUCAAAAAUGUCUACGGUUGCCAUGUUUUAAAAUCAAAGCACAAAAUAAAAAUUAUAGGCCAUUAUUUGUUUUCACACUUGUAUGACAUUUGAAAGCAAAUGGCCAUGUAGUGUGCUGGGCCAAUGGAAUUAAUGAUAAGGUCUGUCAUUGGCAACAUAAUGUGGCUCAGUUAUAUGCUGCGGGCAAGGGGGUGGGGUGUAAAGUGUUAGCAAGGCAAAAUUAUCAAACUGAGAGAAGAAUGUAGAAAUAGUAUGAAAAAUACUGUUGCACUGUUUUGUUUGAAUGUUGGAAAAGAAAAUAUGAACUGAGGAAAAAAAACAUUACCUCCUCUGUAUGUAAUAUCUCUCUCUUUAAUUACAUAUACAGGGUGGUCAGAAAAUGUCUGAAACGCUUGUCAUGAUGUUGUAGGGCAGAUUGUACUGAGACAUAAAUGUUAAGAGAAAAAAUGUGAUAAGUUGCGCCGUUUAAGAGUUAUUUAGUGUAGAAUUUAGCCAAUCGGGGCAUCACGCGCUCACAUUCAAGCAGCCUGCCAGGGACGGUGUUACCCAACAAGUGCUUCGUCUCGUUACCUGAAACUUGAAUUUACGUGCGCGACGAUCUGAUUGGCUGACUUCAAUGCUAAAUAUCUCGGAAACGGCACAACGUAUCACAUUUUUUCCCUAACAUUUAUGUUUCAGUACAACUUUGCCUACAACAUCACUACAAGCGUUUCAGACAUUUUCUGACCACCCUGUCUAUCGGACAGGUAGUACAAGUGAGGGAUGUAUAUGAAGAGGGAUAUAUUCUGGACACUGGAAGCAUAUGUUCCAUAGAUCAAAGAACCCUUCCCCCCCCCCCCCCCCCCCCCCCCUCUCUCUCUCUCUCUCUCUCUCUCUCUCUCUCUCUCUCUCUCUCUCUCUCUCUCUCUCUCUCUCUCUCUCUCUCUCUCUCUCUCUCUCUCUCCCCAGUCUCCCAUCUCCAGCACUCUCAGCCUCUCCCUCAUUCCUUCUGACCAUGUUGUAAGUCCUGCGACUAGCUUGACUGAAAUUUGUUUAGGUCAGUUAAUCAUAUAUUGUGGUCAUUUAAUAUUGUCUGUCUGUUAAUUCCAGUCUGCCUAAUUGACCUCUCCCUCAUAGUAUUGUAGUAUUGGGAAUGAACUCAAGUGUGUUAUGAGUCUAAUGUGGCAAUAACGGUUGCUGUAAAGAUGAUAUUAAUUAGGUGUUCAGAAAAUUCAUCGACAAUUUAGGUUGUGUAUAUUUACAGGAAGGACAAUACUAUUAUGGACAUGACUUUUCUCUAGUUGUGGUUCCCAUUCCCCAAUCCUCCUCCUCUCUCUCCUCCCCCCUCCCCCCCCCCUCUCUAAACUACUUUAUGUGCUGUGCAGUGACUGGUGAUAAUUGCUGUGGUUAUUUUGUAUUAAGAGAGAUUGUAUAUAAGUAAACUGAAUAUGGUCUUUCAAUGUAAGAUUGCUAGGAAAGGAUGCAAAAUUCUUUCAUGUUUUACUGCCUUAUUGUACUUGUAUAGUUACAUUUGUUACAUAAAGUUGGAAAGUGUUAACAAUUGGUAUCUUUGACAGAUUUAGUGAUGUGCCUAAGAAUGUGCACAAAAAAGUGUUUUAUUCUGUAGGAGAAUGUUGUACUUGCACUUCGUAGCCUAAUGUGCCUAUCUUUCUCAAUCUGCAGCCAGUUUUUCUCCCAUUUGUUUUUCACUGUGUAAACUAAACAUGCCUCAGGGAAGAAAGGAAUCACUCACUUGCAGUUCAAUGUGAUAUGUUUUUUGACAGUUAAAGAAAUAUAAGACUGCAGAGCAGCCUAGUUAUCAGUGUUUUGUUAUUACUAUUAAUAAUAUUAUUAUUUGUAUUAUUACAGUAACAUUAUUUGAACUUAAUAGAAGUAUUUCUACUGUGAGAAUGAUUUUGUUCGAGGAAGGAAUUUAAUUUCCUUUUAUUUUAUUUUCUUCUGUUAAAAAAAAAUCUGGUUUCAGAAUGGAAAACUUGACAAAAUAAGCUGAUCUUUUGCUGUUAUCUUAUGGAUGAUGUAUUGUGUGCUGACAGAAACUAUUUUUAAAGGCAUCGCUAUAUGUGCAAAAUGUUUUUGUGCUCAAGGAGACUAUAUUGUUAAACUAAUUGAUGUGUUUAUUUGUAAUCCAGAAAUAACUAAAACAGUGUGCAAAUUAAUGUGAUACAAAGGUAAAUGAUGAGAAUUUACUAGACUGGAGAGAACUGUUAUAUUGUCUAUAGAUUAAGAUAUGCAGUGUGCAUUUGAUACAGUUUUUAAUAUUUUAUAAUUUCAGAAGGGAAACACAGUAUUUUAGCAAUAUUUUGAUGUUCUCGGUUACUCUUUUUAUAGAAUGAAUGACACCAACUUUAGUAAUGUUUCUUACAUAGUUACGCCACGGUGGAUAUGAGUAAACGGUUUGGUGAUGAGAAUAUUUCAGAUCUUAUGUUCACUAAAACAGAAAUUAUCUCUCAAAGAGAUGUCACAUUCAUUGGUGGAUGUGAAAAAGAGAAUAUGUUUCCUGUAGAUUGUUUAGAAGAUGGAUGAAUGAAAAAUAAAUCUCUCAGGGAACAAAGAAAGAUAUCUAUGUGUAGUAAUUUUAAUUUAUAUGUUUUGACAGACUAAAGUUGAAAGUGAUUGGACCAAUUACUUGUAUAAAAUUGAUCCAGAAAUCUGUUUAAUUGUGUGUGCCAGUGAAUGGUGAAAUAAUACUUGAAAGUUGAAUUAAAACCACUAUUGUCAGCUGUGGCAAAUGUUACCAUGCAUCUACUCAUAAAAAUGGGAAUUUUCAGUGUGAGGAAUGAGUUAGGGUGGGACUUGUAUUUAUGUUGUAUCAUUUAAAAUUCUUCCAUUUAACUGUCGUCUGAGACACAGGGCUCACAAUUUGAUAAAGCUGUGAUAAAAUGUGUGAAUGUUAAGCAUCACUAUAUGGAGCUGCCUACUCUGUUGUACUGUACCGUACCUAACUUCUGUCGUAAGAAAUUAGUUUGAUUCAGCCUUUCCUGUACAAAAAAGGGUUUGAAGAGAAGAAAUGUCAUUUUUCACCCACCUCAUCCGUCAAAUGUAAAUUAUUUAGCUAUGGGCCUCAUACUGUAAACACUGGAUGUUGUUUUUCUUGUUAAGUAUACCAGGCACUACUUUACUGUUUCUGAAGUUUUACAUCAGUAAUUUAGUAGACAGGGGAACUGGAGGAUAUCAUAAUGAAGGGCUGAAUCUAACACCUUAGUUUUCUUCAGUGUUGCUAUUUUGUUAAGUUCAUAGCAUAUACUGUUAUUGGAUAUUCUUUUUGUUUAUUACAUUAGAGUACCGAAGCUGUCUGACCUUACCUUCAAAGAGAGCGAGUGAGUGAUGACUUGAACCCGUCUGCAUGUCGAAUGCUUGUUUGUCGUUUUGAGUGUGUUUGAUGAAGAAGUUUUAUUAUAACAAUGUAAAAAGUAGUGCUUACCAGUACUUGUAUAUUAAAGAUAAUUAUUUAUCUCCUAAACAAUCUAUAUAUUAUAUUAUUAUUGAGUGUUAAAGUGUUGUAUCAUAUUGAGAACAGUAUGAUUGUUUCUUUUAUAUGACAAAUACUUUUUGAUGGCAUGGAUAUAUAUAGUUACUGGUUUGAAAGUGCAUGGAUCUUAUAUUUUCUUCAGAAUGUUACAAAAAAAUGUUAAGUGAGAGCAAUUCAGUGUGGACAGUAUUUAUAAAGGAAUGUAAUUUAAGUGUGGUAUGGAGCAAGAAGGUUGUGUAUAAUACUGUGCAACUCUUAUUAUUUGCUUGUGGAACACUUUAAAGGGAAAAAAGGCCACCAUUUUUAUUAUGAAACCUGUCAGUCCUAAUACUUUCUAUUAUUAUGUGAAAAACUAGUAAAUUUUUACAAUGGAUACAUAGUUGUCCUAGUUUUUUUCCCCUUUUUGUGCAACUUUAUUAGAUAUGGCUGUCGCUAUCUGCCUUUUAACUGAAUGGAUAAUUUUUUGUAGUUGAAAAUGUCAGUUGUUUCAUGCAAUUGUUGGGUCUUGGAUUUUGGUUGGCACUUAACCUUUUGCUCUACUUUUAUAUGUCUUCACAAAUGAGCUACAGUGGGAAAAAGUUGUAAAAAGAUCACUUACUGUGUAAUUCAGUCAGUCAAUGUAGGCAAAAGCAGGAAGUGAUUUUAUGUUAUUCUCAGGAUUGCUGAAUUUCUCAAGGUAAUGUCCUGUACUUAAUGCUCAACUGUAUUUAUAUUUCAUUAUUCCAUUUUAUAUCACUUAUUUGUGGAAAUGGAAUAGUUGAUUUCUUUUUUUUUUUAUGAGGUGGAGGUAAAUUAAUGUUGUUUCCCAGUUACGCAGUUCAAAAAAUGCUGUUUGUAAAUGUUCCUUGAGGAAUAUAUUUUCUAUCUAAUGCUUCAGACUCUGUUAACCCUCACAGUUCACACAAUCACAACCUCAUGUUUUGUGCCAGAAUGUGUGAACUGUGAAAACUAUCUUCAUGUUCUGUAAAUCUUGCUACUGGCAUAUUUCAUCAGUAAAUUUCCUGAGAAGUAGUAUAUUAUGCUAAAUUCAACAGUGUACCAACUACGCUUGUUGUAGUUCAGUACAAUUUUUGUUGUAUGAAGUUAUAAUCCUGAAAUGCUGUGCAUUUGAGCAGACAGAAGCACUAACCAGUAGCUUAUAAUGAGUAAAAUUUGGUGAGUGACUACUCUUAAUAGUCUGUUUAUAGGAUCUGUUAAUGACAAAAUAGUUUUCUGAACAGAAAUGGAUGGAGUAGAAGAUAAAAUUAUGAAAUAUUUGCUGAAUCUAAUAACAGAAGUCAGUUCAAAAUAAUUAUGGGACAGGAAGUGCCAUUACAUAACUGGUGUCCUUGUAAAGAGAUGAUGAGUGUUCCACACAUUAUAUGCCCCUGUACUGUAAUUUGUAUUUAAAGGAGGCUGUGAAUGGUAGCAAUUGCUGUGUAAACUAGUUUGCACGCUCUGCCCAGUGCAUUCAGAGUAGCUCAGUUAUUUUGUUCUGUUAACAAUGGCUGUUCAGAGCCGAGAAAAUUGUUGUGUAAAUGAAGACCAGAUUUGUGGUAUAUUUAUGUAAUACAAGUAAUUUAAAAGGCCAUUGCACUGUGAAGACAUAGUGUGAAAAGAGGAAGAGUCACUAUUGUGGUGAAGUUGUUGUUUUCUUCUUAUUGGAUUAUAUAAAACUGUUUUUACUAAAACUGAAUUGUUGAGAAAAGCUUCCUUAGCACCAGAUUUUAGAUUACCUUUAAGUUUGUGAAAAUGUCAUUACAAAAUACUGUGUAAUGUGGAUUAAAGUGUUACUUUGAAAACACUUUUUAGAAUUAUGUUCUUCUGGGAAAGUUCUGAAUCAGGAUUCUCAUUUUGUUUGCUAUUAAUAGAAAAUAUUGUGGAAGCAAAUAUGGUACAAAUAAAUUAAUGUCAUUGUUGGCAAUGUGUGUACGUAAGCUAUAAAGAGAGGCAAAUCUUGAGUGUUUUUUGUUUUUUUGGUGUGAGUUUAAAUUGUGUGUUUAUACAGACAAAAGAAUGACAAUUAUAUGAAAACUUCAUGAUGUGUUGUUGUUUCCCUAUCCUUUCCAUCUUCAGUUACGUGUUGUGCUGGUGAUUUUAAAGGCUGUUGUGAACUGGAACAUUUUCUUUAUUCAUUAAAGAACACUUUAUCAGUUCAAUAAUAAUCAAAAAAACUUAAUUAAAUUUAUUUUUACUUAGUCCUUGUCAUUUUGGUACUUUGUGCAGAAAAUGAUAUUUGAAGCUUUACUAAUGCAAAUUUUGUGCAUUUGAGAUUGAAAUAUAGUGUUUGGCAGUCGUCUAAUAAAUAAAGUAUCAAUUCA